UUCGUUGCGGUUUUAUUUUGAAAGUACAGACCGGAAAAGCAUAUUUGAAGCUUGCAGCUGUCAGUUUUGGGUCAACAUGUGGCAGUAAACCGAGCCGAAGCGAUCCGAACCCGGUACCGGACGUCGAAGCAGAAUGGAGACGUUCAGCAAGCUGGGCAGCUUGUUGCUGCGCGCGCUGGAGACGAGGGAGCCCACCGUGGAGCUGCUGGAGUCUUUUAUCGAUCACUGGAAGUCAAUAACUAAUUACUACAUUCAGACCACAGAAGCUGAUUGGUCUCUGUGCACUUCCUGGUUCCUGCACUGAGAAGGAGGAAGCUCAGUUCCUGUCGGCCGUCUGCUCUCAGGUCAAACAGGAUCCGCACGCGCUCAGAUACAUCUUACAGGUCACAGAGAGACCCCCAGCUUCCUGCACGGACACAACCAAUCACAACACAGAUCCAUCCUGCAACCAAUCAGAGGCCUCCGCCUGCAGUCCUGUCCAAUCAGAGAGCGGACUGUUCUGGGCUCUGCUGCAGCUCACCAAGAGUCAUAGGGCGUCUGUGAGCCACAGGGCCUGCGAGAGCCUCCUGGUUCUGUCGGGUCUCCUGGACGGGUCCUCAGAGGAGCUGCUGCCUGCUGGGACCCCUCUGGGGGAGCUGCUGGCCCGGAGGCUGCAGGAGCUGCACCUCCUGCUGCCUCUGGAGGAGCUGGACGCCACGGAGCUGCGGAGCUGGCCCCCGACCCCCUGGAGGUCCGAGUCAGAGCCAGGUCACGUGACCAGCUUCUUUACCUGGUUUGACUUCCUGGAUCACCUGACGAGAGAGUCGCCACAGGUGCUGGGUGUGCACGUGUCUCAGUGUGUUCGUCAGCUGUGGCUCGUGGACGCUCUUCAUCCUCAGCUGCUGCACACGUGUUUGUGUUCAGGUCUGAGCAGGUGGUUCCUGGCGUCCACCUCUCUUCUCUGUGCUGCCGUCAGACUCGUCCAGUCUCCGUCCCUGCUGGAUCAGAUGGUCCACUUCCUGUUGAGGACGCCGUCUCUGAUGGAGCUGCUGCUGCAGCGCUGCGACCACAUCUCUGACCAGAUCAGCAUGACGUCUCUGUCCCUGGUGGACGAGUUGCUGCAGAAGCCUCACGAGGACAUUUUAGACGUGUUGGUGUUGAGUUUCCUGCGGGGUCGCAGGUACCUGUCCUCACCUGCAGGAGGACAGGAGGACAGACAACCUGAGAGCGGCGAGGACAGCGAGGACAGCCAAGACCUGGAGGAGGACCCCUUCUUCUCCGACAGCCUCUCAGACGGCGCCCCCCCUCCUCCUCCUCCUCCUCAGUCCUCCUCUGCAGGCGUGGUCAACAGCUUCCUGUGUUUGGUUCCGGUCCAGGUGCGCUCAGCUCACCUGCUGCAGGAAGGCGGCUAUGAGUCGUACGUGCACGACGCUCGCACCUUGGUGAGCCAGUGUCAGGCCCUCUCUCAGUCCUGGAACUGGCAGCAGGCUCCGCCUCCUCCCGCCUGUCCCUCUGGUGAGGACGCAGUCUUCUUCGAGGGUCACCUGCUCAAGGUCCUCUUUGAUCGACUGGGACGCAUCCUGGAGCAGCCGUACGAGUUGAACCUGCAGCUGACGGCCAUCCUGUCCCGACUGUCGGCCUUUAGCCACGCCCUCCUGGACGAGUACCUGCUGGACCCCUACAUUCACCUGUCCCACUGCUGCAGGUCGCUCUUCUCCGUCCUCGUCAGGGUAAGACAGGUGAUGGCUGAGUUGAUGCAGAGGAUCCAGGAAGUUUCUAAUGUGUCUGAAAAACUGUUGGACACCAGAAGAAAUCUGAUUGGCCUGAACUCCCACACUGGACUGGAACACCUGACGCUGCUCAAAGCGGUCAUCGUCCUCGAAGAGUUCUGCAAGGAGCUCGCCGCCAUCGCCUUCGUCAAGCUGCCGCUGGACCAGGACUGACUCACCUGAACAGAGACGGACUCACCUGGACCGUUUGGGCUCGUGUGCACGGUCGUUAACAGGUGCGUUUCUUUAGGAGCCACCUGAGUGGACCACAAAGCAGGUGUUUCUCACCUGGACCUCAGUGUCCAGGAGGCAGAUGAAAACCCUCUCUGGUCCAGAGUCAGUCUGUGAGCCAGGUGAUCCACUUGUCAGCACUCUCUGAAGCUCCGCCCACUCUGCCUGCAGCACACCUACCUGUCGAGCUGCGUUUACAGUUUGCACAAAAAGAGAGCCUCACCUGUUCCAGCUGCUGCCAAUCAGACUAGGUUUUUUAUUACCUGUGAGAACACAUGGUACCAAAACCAGAACCUGAGAUCUGGUCCUGGUCCUGGACCUGUUGCACUGGCAGCAGGACAGAAAAUAUUUAUGUCUUUAUUUUAUUUUGAAAUAUUUUAUUUAUUUAAAAUAACCAAAGUGCAAUUUAAUAUUUUCUGCCAAAGAGUGAAACCGUCAUGUUGUUUCUACCUGAGAAAGAAGUCAUGUGACCACUUCCUCCACAGACAGGAAGUGGCUCUUCACUGGUUUCAAUCUGUGAACUUUUCUAUCAAUCUUUAUUUUUAGAUUCAAAACCUAAAAAAUAAUAAUUUUAUCUGUGAAAAUAUGUUGAAAACAGCGAAUCAUCAACCUUCAAUAAAUCUGUUUUCUGAACAUGUGGAUCAUAAAGCUUUUAUUUUUUAAUUUUUGGGUGAUUUUGAAUUUGAUGUGUCUUUUUAAAGUUAUUUAAAGUUGUUCCAGUUGUUUCCUUGAACCUUUAUUUUUAUAUUGUUUCUUUGUAUUUAGAUGAUAUUUAGAUAUUUUGUUACAGACUUGAGAUGAUAUUUUAAUUGAUAAAAUCCUGUUUUACUCAGUGCACUUAUUUACCUGAUCAUAAUCAUCAUAAUUAGUUAUAAAAUUAUCCUCAUUUGUACCUGUUACUCUUUUGUUGCUCCUGGAACAACGUUUACAUGACAUUAAAUAAAAAAAAUGGUAAAAAUUUCUUAGAUUCAACAUUUGAUGGUAAAUAAUGAAGAAAAUAUGGGUUUAUAAUAUUUUCAAAGCAUUAAAAAAUUGUUUUAUUUACAUUUUAAACAAACGUUUCUAAAUUUGUCAUGGGAAUAUUUGACCCAGUUGUAUAUGUUUAAAUAGAAAAUAAGAUGUUUGAGAAUUGCAGAAGAAUAUUAAAUGAGACUUUAUUACAUAAUUUCUAUUUAUUGCAUCAUAUCUUGUUGUAAACACAUUUGACCAGCAGGUGGCGCUACUGAGCGUUUGAAGCAUUUUCCAACAAAACGGGAUAAAAAGGUUAAUUUUAUUUGGAUUUAUUUGUCAUUACUUGUGUUUUUUAAACCUGCUGUCUGCUGUUACCGGAUGUUUGAAGGCUUCUGUCUUUAAUUAAAACUCCAAAAUAAAA